AUGCUCAAAGAAUUGCGACCAUUAAAUAUACCUAGAACAGUGCCCGAAGAUCCACGCAUUGUACCAGGUACCUCGUCCGGAAGACCCAUUGACGGGUUUUAUGAUGUCGGCAGUAGCCCGGAUUCUGCGCCCGUGGUCUAUUAUGCGGCUGCAGUUUCUGAAACUGGAUUUAUACCUGUACGAGCCGUUCCCGGGGUGACUGGAUGGGUCUCCCAUACUGCGCCACCCCAACUGGGUGGUGCUGGGAUUAAUUCGACUAGUGGGUAUGUUUAUAGUCCGCCUUUUCUAAUGCCCAGUGGUGGCAGUUCUGAUCAGGCCAGUGAUGAGGGCAGUGAAGAGAUAGUGUCGGGGCGAAAAGUUAAGUUUUUGUGUAGCUAUGGAGGGAAAAUAUUGCCGAGGCCAAAUGAUGGGGCAUUGAGAUAUGUUGGUGGACAGACGAGGGUUAUUAGUGUUAAGAGGGAUGUGAGUUUUAGUGAAUUGGUUCGAAAAGUAGAUACAAAUGGGCAGAAUUUGGUUAUUAAGUACCAGUUGCCGGAGGAGGAUCUUGAUGCACUCGUUUCAGUUUCAUGUCCAGAUGAUCUUGAGAACAUGAUGGAUGAGUAUGAGAAGUUGGUCAAGAGAUCUUCAGAUGGAUCAGCUAAAUUGAGGUUGUUUUUGUUUUUACCUUCCGAGGUCGAGUCUUACGGUAUAGUGCAUAUUGGGGAUUUGCAGGAUGGUGGUCAAAGCUACGUUGAGGCCGUGAAUGGGAUUAUUGAUGGAUUCAGUAGUAGUGGUGGUGUCAAUAGUCACACUGCAAGAAAGGAGAGCAUUAGUAGUGCUGGUUCGACCCAGAAUUCUGAUAUAGGUGGUACCGAGGGUUCCAAUAACUUGGGUCGUGGUCACGGGGAGGUUAUAUGUUCAUUAUCUACAAGUGGGUUAUUGGUUGGCGGAAAUUAUACUGUCUCUCGUGAAACGUCUCCAAGAACGGCGUGUGUUGAUCUUAGUCCUUCGGUACACGUGGAUACUUCUGCUGCUCCAUCUGUACCUCUUACUGAUCUACAGCCACAGGUAGCAUAUGAUUUGCAGCAGCUCGGAGUGCCUUGUCCCACAUCUUCACCUUAUGCAGAGACUUACGUGGAUCCUCGCCAAGAGGCUUUAAACCAUGCUGAUUAUGCACAACUUCCUUCUCAGAUGGGGUUCCCAGCUCAGAUUUUCGGGGCAGUUGGGCCCGUGCUCACCCAACAACAUAUCCCUGCCGGAGCUUUGCCUGAGCAGUUUCUAACUGCGGUACAAGUGACUACUAAUCCUUCUUUGGUCAGUAUGAAACCAAACUCAGGUAGUCCUCUAGUUCAGCCCCAACAAAUACAUUUGGAGAAUUAUCCUACAGAAAGUGCGCAAGGACUAGUCCAACUUCCUACUCAACAAGGGUAUAAUGCACUUAAUGCUCAGGUCCCAACAGCACUGCCAGGAGAAGUGUACGGGUGGCAACAAGUUCCUCACUCUGAGAAGGUAGCCUUAGUGGAAGGCGGGUUGCCUUCCCAACCAGUUCUGGUAUCUGGAAAACUUCCUGGACUUAAAGACUGCUAUAUGUGUCAAAAAGCAUUGCCACAUGCUCAUUCGGAUACAGUGGCUCAGAACAGAAAAGAAGGCUCUCCAACCACCUCAUCUGACUCGAGAUCGAUUUAUAAAAGCCUCCGAUUGGAUCAUCGAGGACGACCGAUGAAUAUUGAGCAACUGGUAGUCGGGACUCAACCGAGAGGUAUGGGUUAUGCGGAUCAUGAAACUGGGAAAUUUCAAGCAGAGGGAAUUGGAUCCUCCCAGAAUGUUGAUGGACACUAUGGAAAUGAUAGAAUUGUUCUUCAGAAGGUAGAGAAUCCUGAAAACUCCAAUGUAUCAGUUCCACAGGGAAUGAUGGUGACCACUGGCAUACAAUCUCCAUAUGGUGUAUUUGCGGCUAAUAUUCCUCAAAUGUCCCAAGAUAAUGCUGUACAACAAGUAGUCGUUUCUCCUCAACACCAGGUUAUACACGAUACCACUAUGAACAAACAAGUUAACGAUGAUCUUUCCCCUGUUGGAGGCAUGCCUUUACAUGAUUACUCUUUUAAAGUUCCUGGAUCAAUUACUAAAGAAGAUUCUACUUCCACUACCCUUAACCAUCUAAGACAAGUUGAUGGGAGUUUGGAAAGUCUCUUGAGACACCCUUUUAGAAAGGAAGAUGUACUAGAAAAUAGACCCCAACAGGUUGCUAGGAGGGGACUUCCUAACACACAUAAUUUUCCAUCAGUAGAAUCCUAUGAAUCAACAGAACCACCCGUUUUAGGUAAUCCCAAUUUGUACCCUCAUUCAAAUCUUGGGAUUAAUCAUUGGGCUCUUCGUGGGAUUUCUUCUGACAAGUCUGUGUAUUCUGGUGUUGAGUCUGAUCCUGCAACUGAAAGGACUCCACCUAUUGGUGAAUGGAAGGAGGAUACUGCCACUUGGUCUCAGCCUAGGAUUUCUGGUGAUGUAGAAGCUGGAACGCAUGGAGGAAACAGGCCAUUGGCUGCUUCUCCAGAUGUGCCAGAUAACUCAAACUACAAUGCAUCAUUUCAGUCCGCUGGCAAAUUGAACAAGGAUUUGUAUUUGGAGCACGUUAUCUCCAAUAAAGAUGAAAUGAACAAGCAAGAACAUCAAGCUGUAGUAGAGAUUGUAGCUGCUUCUGUUCUUCAUUCAUUUGUGCCUUCUAACCCUGAUCUAUUAGUAGAUGCCGGGAUUCAGUUCGCAUCUACCCAGGAAAAGAGUGAAGUUCAAAGCUCUAGCACAGAAGUGCAGCAGAAAGAUAUCUUUGACGAUAUAAAUACUAAUUUGUCAGAGAAGAUCAGUCUUGGGUCUCCUGUAUCAGAUAGCAUUGGUCGAUUACAGAUAAUUAAGGAUAGUGACCUUGAAGAGCUACGUGAACUGGGUUCGGGUACCUUUGGUACUGUUUAUCAUGGAAAGUGGAGAGGCACUGAUGUGGCAAUUAAACGAGUCAAUAAUAGAUUGUUUGUAGGGAAACCUUCUGAACAAGAACGCAUGAUAGAUGAUUUCUGGAAUGAAGCUAUCAAGCUUGCUGACUUGCACCAUCCCAAUGUUGUUGCUUUUUAUGGUGUCGUGUUGGAUGGUCCCGGUGGUUCAGUUGCGACUGUUACUGAGUAUAUGGUUAAUGGUUCGUUGAGAAAUGCUUUGCAGAAGACUGAGAGGAUUCUUGAUAAGCGCAAGAGGUUAAUGAUUGUGAUGGAUGUUGCUUUUGGAAUGGAGUACUUGCAUGGGAGGAAUAUAGUGCAUUUUGACUUAAAAAGUGAUAAUCUAUUAGUUAAUCUCCGUGAUCCACAUCGGCCAAUUUGCAAGGUUGGUGAUUUGGGGCUGUCCAAAGCAAAAUGCCAUACACUAAUUUCGGGCGGUGUGAGGGGAACACUUCCAUGGAUGGCACCAGAGCUUCUAAAUGGAAGUAGUAGCCUUGUCUCUGAAAAGGUUGAUGUGUUCUCAUUUGGAAUGGUGAUGUGGGAACUUCUUACUGGAGAAGAACCAUAUGCAGACUUACACUAUGGAGCCAUCAUCGGGGGUAUUGUGAGCAACACGUUGCGUCCUCCAGUGCCGGAUUCAUGCAGCCUGGAUUGGAGAUCACUCAUGGAGAGGUGUUGGUCGUCUGAACCAUCUGCAAGGCCGUGUUUCACUGAGAUUGCAAAUGAAUUACGGUCCAUGGCAGCUAAGCUCCCACUAAAAUGA